AUGCCAGGCCAUAAGAAAAUCUUUGUUGCCGGGAUUAAAUCAGCUCAUAUAUGGGAUAAGGUUGAAGAGAAAGAAAACCAAAUCGCAGAAUCUUCAGACGUAGAAAGCGAUGAACACGAAGAACCAGAAACUUAUGGACUUUUAUUUGAAAUUAUCAAUGCUUAUCGUCCGCCAAAUCCUCGCUCAAAAGUUGGAUAUUAUCGUCCAAUUCCAUUUAGUUGUUUCACUUUUGCACCUUUUAAUAUCAAGAAGAUUGAAAAUAGUAAUACAUCGUUGAAAAGCGGAGUCGGCAUGCUGGCAGAAGCUAUCAAUGGCAAUUUAAUGAUGGCCGCCGCUGAUCAACGUGGCUGCUUGUUGAUAUUUGAUUUUGGUGCGAACAAAGUUUGGCAAGUGGUGAGAAUCGGGAUUGCGAUAUCAGCGAUUGCUUUCACAUCACUUUCAAGAAAUGAACUAGUGGUGGCAUUCACUGACAAUACUUUAAAAAGUUAUAAUAUCGAGACACGUCAAUUAAUAGCAGAAACAAGAUCUCAUCGGAAACCCGUGGAAUAUAUCUCGAUGCACCCCACACAACAUUUAGCAAUCACAAGUUCAUUAUCUGAAGGCAUUUUAUGGAAUAUGGUGGAUUGGACAAAGGUGAAAGUACUAAAUCAACUUGAAGAAGGACUAGCUUUAAGACGUGCUUUAUUUUCACCUAGUGGGAAUUAUAUUAUUACAAUAUUUUUCAAUGAUACAAUUUGUAUUUGGAAUAAGUCAAAUUUUAGACUUAUUUGGAAACUACAAGCACCACCUCGCCCUACUCCAUUAAUUUACAGUUUUAAUAACAUGCCUGAUAUGGCGUGCCGCGUCAUAGCCGUCUCAAAGAAUGAGCAAGUGAUAAUAGUUGGCGGCAAAAUCACGCUUUACGUCUGGGAUUUUGAAAAGCGACGACUUUUACGUGAAUUGAGUAUUCAGUCAAUCUCAGCAGGCGAAAUCACACGGAUGGAAAUUAUUAAUGAUGACACGGACCUAUUGAUACUUACAACGGAUGGUCAUCUCUUAUUGGUUGACAUUUAUCAGAGCGAAUCAAAUAUUCAUCAACUCAAUAUUAAACAUUCUGCAAGUGUUAAAUUAUUCGAAGUUUCUCCGGAUGGAAAGUUUCUCGUGACUAAUACAAUGGAUGAAAAAUCCAUUCUAAAGAUAUGGGAUCUAGAAGCUCUUAUCUCGGAUACUUUACAACACCAAUAUCGAGAUUCUUCAUUAAGAUCGAUACCACAUUCCAUCAAUGAUCCGCGUUCGGCUACAUCUUCCCCUCCUCUCGAAGACCAGACUAAAAAGGAUGAAGUGAGAAUAGUAUCCACUUCUUCCGAAGAGCCUGUAGGUAUUCCCGAAGCACCAAAAAAAGAAGUUAUCAAAGAAAAGGAACAAAAUGAAUUUACAUUAGAAAAACCUUCAACGGUAAGUUUUGAUGCGUUAACAAUUCAGAGCAUGUCUUCAGCUUCACGCGAAGAAAGAAGAGAAAAAUUAAUUGAAAAAUUAAACCAAUAUGGAGAAUAUCCAAUGAAACAUAGGGUUCGAAUUUGGCGUAUUUUACUUAAUUUACCCGAUAACCAGGAAGCCUACAAAAACCUGAUUAAAAAAAAAUUAGAACCAUCAAUUAAAGAGAUACUAUCCAAAAGAUUUUCCGCUAAAGAUCCGGAGCAACUAAAAAUAUCCGCAAAAAUGGAAUUGUAUUUGUCAACAUUAAUCAAAUGGGGUUUCGCCCCUGAAGUGGUCCAAGAUUGGAUACCAGCUAUAAUAUUUCCAUUCAUGGAAAUAUUCUUGGAUAGCGACGAUAUUUUGGGAUUCGAGGCGAUUUUGACGAUCUUAUUGAAUUGGUUUCAACACUGUUGGGAAGAUUAUCCGACAGCACCGAGUCGAUUUCUUAAUAUAAUUUGUAAUUUAUUGGAACGCUGCGAUCAGUCCCUGUAUAAUCAUUUUGAUCAAUGCGGAAUGAUUCUUGGUGAGCAUUGCUUAUGGCCUAUGAUUUUAUCAAGUUUCUCGAUCAUUUUUAAUAAGAAAAAUUGGCAUCGAUUAUGGGAUCAUUUCUUCUCGAACGAGGAACCUUCGAUGCUGCAUUAUUUUGUUGUGGCGUAUAUGGUAGUGAUGCGAGAAAAAUUAUUGCAGAUUACAAAGAAGAAAGCUAUCAUUGAGUUUUUCCGAUAUAUGCAAUCGGCAGAUCUGAAUCACCUGUUAAAGGUCACCUAUAAAAUGCAAAAUGACUCGGACAUUACUCCACCUUGGUUGUCUCCUAAACUCGACAUUAUACACUUUAGGCCACUAUCAAAAACUGGCGAAUACCGACUGGUAUACGAUGAAAGUCACAAGCCUAAGAACAAUAAAAAAAAUGCGAUACGUGACUGGAUAUUAAAGGAGGAAGUUCAGAUUGUUAAGCAAAAGUAA